AUGAGAAUCUACUACCUUUAUCUUAAUAUAUUACCGCUUCUGACAACAUUAAUAGAAGCAAAUGAUUCAGACAAUUCUCGAAAACCCGACACAUCUACGAAUUAUUCCAGUUUGAAUUCUUCUUUCUCCGUCGGACAAAUCUCAACUUUAAAUUCGUCGGAAACGAAAAAAGAAGGAAGCGGCUUGAACAACAAUGUUUUUAUUUACCAGAAAUUGUUUACCCAUCAACGUGGAUUACAAAAAGAAGCCAUUAAUUCUCUUUUACAGAUGCCAGCGGUUAAUCAGUAUAAGUUUGUCAAGAGUACAAUGGAUGAAAUUUUUAAAGUGUUAGAAGGCGCACGGACUAACCUAACAAAAUGGGGACACCUUCCAGAUGAUUCCUUCCCAGUGAAUGAGACAGUUCGAAAUUCUGUGUCCAAAAUUCUUGAAAAUACGGCCCUUUUUGGUGACUUGAUGUUGAAACUCCCAGAUAUCAGCCAUGAAUUAUAUGACAGACAGAAUGAGAGAAAAAUAAUGAUUGAGUGGUGUAUUUAUUUCUGUAGGCAAUCUGGCAUGUUUGACAAAAUCCACCUGAAACUCUUGGACACGUUAAGUCAAGAACUUGAAUUGGUUGAUCGUGAUCCAAAAUAUUUCAAUCCCUAUCGCAAAAUUUCCAAGGAACCACCCAAAGAAGAAAUCCAGAAACCCAAAACAAAACAGAAGAAAAAAGGUCCAAAACUUUCUCAAGUUUAA